UUCUCGCCGGCCGUUCUCGCUGCUGCUGCGGCUGGGGCUGGGGGUGGCGGCGGCGCGGGCGGCUGGCGGCGCGGGGCGGUCCGGCGGGUUCAAAGAGGAAAACAUGGCGGAAAACAAAGGCGGCGGCGGCGGCGAGGCCGAGAGUGGCGGCGGCGGGGUCAGCGGCAGUGCGGCGGCAGCGACGGCGGCCGGGCCCGGGGCUGCGGGACCCGCGGGGCCGGAGGCGGAGCCGCCUCUCGCCGCGGUGCUAGUGGAAGAGGAGGAGGAGGAGGAGGGCGGCAGGGCCGGGCCGGAGGGCGGCGCGGCGGCCGGGCCCGAGGACGGGGGGGUGUCGGCGGCCUCCUCGGGCUCAGCCCCUGCGGCCUCCGCCGCCGCCGUCGCGGCCUCGGCGGGUCCAGCGGCUCCCGCGGGUCCGGGAGCGGCGAUUGCGGCCCCGGCCGCGGCGGCCCCGGCCGCCCCAGCAGUCCUGGCGGCGCCUGCCCCCGCGCCGGCGGGGCCGCCUCCCGGGCCCCCGGCCUCUCUGCUGGACACCUGCGCGGUGUGUCAGCAGAGCCUGCAGAGCCGCCGUGAGGCGGAGCCCAAGCUGCUGCCCUGCCUGCACUCCUUCUGCCUCCGCUGCCUGCCCGAGCCCGAGCGCCAGCUCAGCGUGCCCAUCCCAGGCGGCAGCAACGGCGACAUCCAGCAAGUUGGAGUAAUACGAUGCCCAAUAUGCCGCCAGGAAUGCAGACAGAUAGAUCUUGUUGAUAAUUACUUUGUAAAAGAUACAUCUGAGGCACCUAGCAGCUCUGAUGAAAAAUCUGAACAGGUGUGCACAAGCUGUGAAGAUAAUGCUAGUGCAGUUGGAUUUUGUGUAGAAUGUGGGGAAUGGCUUUGCAAGACUUGUAUAGAAGCACAUCAACGAGUAAAAUUCACUAAGGAUCAUCUAAUUAGGAAGAAGGAAGAUGUCUCAGAGGCUGUUGGAGCAUCUGGUCAGCGCCCUGUUUUCUGUCCUGUCCACAAACAAGAACAGUUGAAACUUUUCUGUGAAACGUGUGAUAGACUGACAUGUAGAGACUGCCAACUAUUGGAGCACAAGGAACAUAGGUAUCAGUUUUUGGAAGAAGCAUUUCAAAACCAAAAGGGUGCAAUUGAGAAUUUAUUAGCAAAACUUCUUGAAAAGAAGAAUUAUGUUCAUUUUGCUGCAACUCAAGUGCAGAAUAGGAUAAAAGAAGUAAAUGAAACUAACAAACGAGUAGAACAGGAAAUUAAAGUGGCCAUUUUCACUCUCAUCAAUGAAAUAAAUAAGAAGGGCAAGUCUCUCUUACAACAGCUAGAGAAUGUUACCAAGGAAAGGCAGAUGAAAUUGAUACAGCAGCAGAAUGACAUCACAGGACUUUCACGGCAAGUGAAGCAUGUCAUGAACUUCACCAACUGGGCCAUCGCAAGUGGCAGCAGCACAGCAUUGCUGUACAGCAAGCGACUGAUUACUUUUCAGUUACGCCAUAUUUUGAAAGCCCGCUGUGAUCCUGUUCCAGCUGCUAAUGGAGCCAUACGUUUCCAUUGUGAUCCUACCUUCUGGGCAAAGAAUGUGGUCAAUUUGGGUAAUCUAGUUAUUGAAAGUAAACCAACCCCUGGUUAUACACCUAAUGUUGUAGUUGGACAAGUUCCUCCAGGCACAAACCACAUAAGUAAAACACCUGGACAGAUUAACCUGGCUCAGCUCCGCCUCCAGCACAUGCAGCAGCAAGUGUACGCCCAGAAACACCAGCAGUUACAACAGAUGAGGAUGCAACAGCCACCAGCAGGAGCAGCAACUACAACAACACCACCCCAGCAACAUCCUAGACAAGCAGCCCCGCAAAUGUUGCAGCAGCAGCCGCCACGAUUAAUCAGUGUGCAGACAAUGCAGAGGGGAAACAUGAACUGUGGGGCUUUCCAAGCCCACCAGAUGAGGAUGGCUCAGAAUGCUGCUCGAAUACCUGGGAUACCCCGGCAUAGUGGACCUCAGUAUUCCAUGAUGCAGCCUCACCUCCAAAGACAACAUUCUAACCCAGGACAUGCCGGGCCUUUUCCUGUUGUGUCUGUACAUAAUACCACAAUCAACCCAACCAGUCCCACUACAGCCACCAUGGCAAAUGCUAAUCGUGGUCCUACCAGCCCUUCUGUUACAGCAAUAGAGCUUAUUCCCUCUGUAACCAAUCCAGAGAAUUUACCAUCCCUUCCAGACAUCCCACCAAUACAGUUGGAAGAUGCUGGAUCAAGUAGUUUAGAUAAUCUCCUAAGUAGAUAUAUCUCAGGCAGUCACCUACCCCCACAGCCUACAAGUACCAUGAAUCCCUCUCCAGGACCCUCUGCCCUUUCGCCAGGAUCAUCAGGCUUAUCCAAUUCCCACACACCUGUGAGGCCACCAAGUACCUCCAGCACAGGCAGUCGAGGCAGCUGUGGGUCAUCAGGCAGAACUACAGAGAAGGCAAGUCUUAGCUUCAAAUCUGACCAAGUAAAGGUCAAGCAAGAGCCUGGGACUGAGGAAGAAAUAUGCAGCUACUCAGGAACUGUGAAACAAGAGAAAACAGAGGAUGGCAGGAGGAGUGCAUGCAUGUUAAGCAGUCCUGAGAGCAGCUUGACACCACCUCUGUCAACCAACUUGCAUCUGGAGAGUGAGUUGGAUGCGUUAGGAAGCUUGGAAAAUCAUGUCAAAACAGAACCUAUGGAUAUCGGUGAAAGCUGUAAACAGCCUGGGCUCAGCAGUCUUGUCAAUGGAAAAUCUCCAAUGCGAAAUCUAAUGCACCGUUCAGCAAGGACUGGAGAAGGCAACAACAAAGAGGAUGACCCAAAUGAAGAUUGGUGUGCUGUGUGCCAAAAUGGAGGGGAUCUUUUAUGCUGUGAAAAGUGUCCAAAGGUCUUUCACCUCACCUGUCACGUUCCAACACUUCUCAGCUUUCCAAGUGGAGAAUGGAUUUGCACAUUUUGCAGAGAUCUUGGGAAACCUGAAGUUGAAUAUGAUUGUGACAAUUUGCAACACAGCAAGAAGGGGAAAACUGCACAGGGCUUAAGCCCCAUGGACCAAAGGAAAUGUGAACGUCUACUGCUUUACCUCUAUUGCCAUGAACUGAGUAUUGAAUUCCAGGAACCAGUCCCUGUUUCGAUACCAAACUACUAUAAAAUUAUAAAGAAACCAAUGGAUUUAUCCACAGUGAAAAAGAAGCUUCAAAAGAAACAUUCCCAACACUACCAAAUCCCUGAUGACUUUGUGGCAGACGUCCGGUUGAUCUUCAAGAACUGUGAAAGGUUUAAUGAAAUGAUGAAAGUUGUUCAAGUUUAUGCAGAAACACAAGAGAUUAAUUUGAAGGCUGAUUCAGAAGUAGCACAGGCAGGGAAAUCAGUUGCUUUGUACUUUGAAGAUAAGCUCACAGAGAUCUACUCAGACAGGACCUUCCCGCCUUUGCCAGAAUUUGAGCAAGAAGAGGAUGAUGGUGAGAUAACUGAGGACUCUGAUGAAGACUUUAUCCAGCCACGCCGAAAACGCCUAAAAUCAGAUGAGAGACCCGUACAUAUAAAGUAGAAUGACACCAUGGACCUAAAUAACAUUGUAAAAACUUAAUUUAAGUGUUGCUGGAACAUCCCGCCUACGGUUGGCCACCUCCUUGAAGAAGCUGGUAGCUUGCUUUUAGACAGUAUUAGAUUGAAAAAUGUUUGGACGGAAAACACAUUCUUGUCAAAAAGAGGGGACAGCUUUAUUGCGGACAUAAAAGAAAAACAGUUGAUUUGAAGUUCCCUGUUCUUCCCGAAGAAGACGGGUGUCCGUGUUCUCACACUUAGAGACGGGCGAAUAUUGGUGAUCAUGUGUGGUUUAGAUUGGUGUAGGAUACUGGCUGUACAGGUAAAUAAUUUGAGUCAUGUUGCUUGAUAAUUUUUCUCUUAGGACUGGACCAGCACAGUUACUAAAUCAGAUUAUUCCCAGUACUGGGUUCUUGUCUAGUUAAAGUGAAAGUAGCAUUACUCAAAUUUUCCUCUAAUAUGGGCUCAACAUUGAAUCAUGACUUUCAAUCAAUUAGUUUUUCUCAUUUGAAUGUUUUUGGGCCUAACUUUCUGUGUUAGUUCAGAAAACUAACUUGGUUCUCAUAGCUAGAUGCAGGAAAUUCAACCUUCAUUCACUUGUUGUUCAGCCUUCCCGGCCUACUGAAUUAGUGAGCAGCAGCAGUGCUGGGGCCAGUAGGGUGAGCCUGAAAAAGAGAUGGCAGUUCUUCAGUAGUGGAUCAUGUAUAUUUAUAAUAGAGUCCUAUCCAGAAACACACCCCCACACAAUUGCACUUCCCAGGUUAACUCAUUUGAUUGUAUUGUUGCCCCCAUGAAACAGGCAGAAUGUUUGUUCCAAAAUUAAUUUAGUUUCAUGUGCAUUUAAAUUUGAGUCUGAGAAGGUAACUACUGGCAGUCAUCCAGUCUUCCUUCAUAUCAGUUUUCUGAUAGACCACUAUUGGCAAACAAUAACCUGUCAACUACCAAAUGUGUAAAAUUUCCUGUAUUUCACUUUGUCUUAUUUGUAAAUAGUGAACUGAAACUUCUGGCAGAUCGGCAACAUUUGCUGAGCCUGUUUUUUAAGCUAAUGUGUAUUCUUACUAAUGUUCCUAUCAAGAAUGGAUUUGUAAUAUAUGCUGUCUAUUUCUAACAUCACAUUCAUAUUUUGAGGUUCUAUCUUAUUUUAAUAGAGAACAGACUUCUCAAAGCUUUCUUCAGAAACAGCUUGUGAAUGAAAUGUCUAAAAGAUUAUCACAAACCCGGUGGGGUUAGAUUACUCGUCCGUCCACCAAGUGGGACAUUUGCAUAGCUCCCCACUGGGGACUUAAAGGCCGUGAAGAGGGUUGGGAGUCAGAGCCUGAAAAUCAGCCGGUCCCCACUUGAAUGGUAUUUGGAGUAUACCCACCUCUGCUACCCUGGUCGCAGCAUUACUAAGCAGAUAAAUCAACUUUACUCUGGAAUGGUUCGUUUUUGUUCUCUCCAUUAGUAAUGCUUAGAUCCAAGACAUGUGUAAUUUAGCCCUUGUACAGGCUUUUCUUUUGUUAGGAAGAACAUUUUAAAGUCCUACUUUUAUUUGGACAAAUUAGAUCGAAAUACAGUGGCCAAAAUAAAAGAAUGUGCUAUUAGAGAUUUUCUCAGACACAGCAGAUUUGUGGCAAACCUUUUGCCUUUUUUUUUUUAAUAUACAUUCAGCAUGAGUAGUUCAUACAGUAUAGGCCAUUCAUAAAAUAAAAUUAUUUGACUUAACUGUACUGUAGAAAUAAAUAUUUUUAGCUCAUUUUGAACCAACAAAAACACUCUAAAGAAAUGCUUGUGCAAAAUUCCUUUGGGUUGUUUCUUUUAUUUACCAAGGGAAGAAAAACAAAUAACCUUGAGGCCUUUCUAAAAUAUUAAAGAAAACAGAGUGGAGUCCAUAAGUGCUAGUUUGACUCACUUCACUGUAUGAUCUUAAAUUCCAGACCUUCCUGUAAAUUGAAUUACAAAAGAAGCAUUAAAAUAUUUUAGAAUUUCACUCAAGUUUGCAGAGAACAGUUUUUCCCCAAAAGUAGCUACCUUUUUCACUUGAAAGAAUUUUUCUCUUCCUCUGAGUCCUCCACCCCUCCUUUCCCUUCUACCUGCUCCCUUCUUUAUCACUUUAAAAUGAGUGGAAAAACACAUUUGCUGGAAGACCUUUUAGGUCAGGAGGGUGACCAGUUCCCUUUUAGGGAGGGCAGGGGUGCUUUGAGUCCUGACAGGGGCUGUACCUUUGCUUUCUCUUUCGUGGUUCUUCAUUAUUGUCCCAUCAGCACAAUCUGUCUUUUUAGAAAAGAGGGAAUUAGCAGUUUUAUAUUCUGUUUGUUUUCCAGUAUUUGUAUCUUUGGGGAGGGGGAUAGAGAUGAGAAAAGUUUGGUUCUUAAAGACCAUGUUAGAAAUUCUUCAAAUCAUUUGGAAUUUGAUGUGCAGAAAACCUUAUUGCUUCUCCAGCAGCCAUUCACAGUUGAGCAAAUAAACUGAAGGUCACAAGUAUUCGCUUUGGACUUAGUUGAACUUUUCCCUUACAUACUAUACAGAAUAUAAGCUCUGAUAAGAAGGGUAUUUCAUUUGAGUAUCCCAUGUUAUACUGUGGCCAGUAGCAUUGGACCUUGUUAAUAUAAAUUCUCUUGGUAGCCAGAAAUUUUGCAUAUUUUCCAAUUAAGUUGCAGUGAAGACCAACUUUGAACAUAGAAUAACAAUGGCGGAUAUUGGGGGUUAUUUUGGUUUAUUUUGGAAGCCUCAUGUCCUUGUCUUUCUCAGGAGUUUCAGUAUUUGCAUAUUUGCAUAUUUCUUUGUAAUAGCAAUUCCUGAACAAGUCUCAUUUGUACAAUGCUUAGGUUCUUUCCCAUGAUACCUACCCUCAACCCCUUCCCAAACCAAAACAAAACCACGGAUGUUAAAGUAAAAAAACCCUUUCCUGAUCUGUGAUCACUUUAAUGUUUGUGUGGUUCAUAGCACCUGGCCCAGUGUAUUCAUUGCUAUGAAGGGAUGACUUUACAUGGUGAAUACAUGUAGAGGGAGUUUCUGAGCUUUUAGCUUUAGAACAUGCCGUGCUUGGAAUAAACCUUCAAGCUAUCAUCACAGAGUAUGAAGGGCCUGAUGCUGAGAUGGUUUUUAUUGGUGUUCUACUUUAUGAUGUAAAAUGUCUGGAUGGCCAAAUGAUGUAAGGUGUCUAAUUCUGAUAACUUGUUUAAAGAAAUACUUUUUUGAACAAAAUCAUAUCUCAUUUUUGGUUGUAACUGGCCCUGAGAUUUUUUUUUUAAGUUAAUCCAAAGAAGUAAAGGCAGUUUGUUCUGAAACAGAUGUGAAAAGUGUAUAGUGUGCUAAUUGUGGACUGAUCAAUUACCUCAGCAGGUAUCCUGCCUUGUAAUUACUAGUGAUUAGUGUUAACCAGCUAAAUAGAUUCAGGUCUCCUGACUGUGCCCUGGGACUGUGGCCUACCACGUACUAUGAAGGCUGUGUUCCUAUCCAAAAAAGGGGUGCGUGACCACCUCCCUCAUUCCCUUUUCUCCCUGGCCUCCUGUUCCCUCUUUUUUUUUUUAAUCCCCCAUCCCAUAUACACUUUUAACAAGCAGACAUGCUCUGUAAGUGUAGAUAGCUUAUUUCUUGUCAAAGCUGGCAUUCAGCACCUCUUGCUGUCAACAUCAUUAACAUUGGAUCAAUGAAAUAUUUUAUAAAGUUUUUAUCCCUUUAUGAUCAGAAAAUCCACACCUGUGCUUGUCAUAGAACAUUUAUUAACUAAUCUACUGAAGUUUAGGUAACAGCAGCAGCGUUCCCAAUUACAGUACAUUAUAACAGCAUUCUGGACACAGACUCCUCCAUUUAUUUCCCUCCCAAUUGUCUCCUCCUUGAAAAGCAAUAAAACUGCUUUAAGUCUGUUGCCUAAUUGCAUGACAUGAAUCCUUUCCUUUGGACAGUGAUUUUUUAGGAAAGUUUGUAUGCAUAUCACCAGGACUAGCUUUUAAAAAAUAAAAAUAUAAAUGGGCAGGAGUUACUGAUGAUAUAUUGUGGCAUUUUAUUUUAAAAAUUGGGGAAAGUUACAUAUUUUUUUAAAAGUAGGUGUUUGAGUAAAUAAUGGAGGUACUUUUUUUAAGAAAUAAAUUUAUAUGCCACAGUUUACAUAGACAUAUUUCAGACUUCACAUAUAUACACUUGGAUAUGGCAGUUUCUUUUACUUUGUUAAAAAUGCAUGUACAGAAAUUCUUCCACCUUAGUUCCUUGUGGUUGCCGACUUGUUCCUUUAUAAUAAUGCUUUUUAUUGUAUCUGAGAAUCAGUAGUUUUCAAAAAGUACAGUUAAUUUGGAUAUCUUUAACAUAACUGUUGAACUACAAAAUGUUCAGAAAUUCAGUUUUACCCUUUUUCUAGCAAGUAAUCUUUACAAUUGAAGACUGUUCUUUUGAAUUAGCUGGAUUUCUACAUGGUAAGGCACUAAAAGCGUUUUGUAAGUGCCUUUGCAGCAUUCCCUUUUGAGUGUGACCUAAAUUUAAAACAUAAAAAGAAAUGCAUGUCUGCUACUGGUCUGAAAAAUGUAGGCAUUUAUUAUGUUGAAAACACAAUGAAACAUGUAUAUAAGCCUAUAAAAAGAUUUGUGCAAUUGAAAGCCUGUUAAUUUUUUUAGGUAGAUGAAAUAACUACACAUGAAAGGGUUAAAUUCACAGCAUUCUUAAUGAUGGUUUUUGCUCCCAGUAUUUACUGGUACUUUUUUUUUGCACAUAGUUAACUUGACUCAUCCUUCAAUAUGAUUCUUCAAAAAAAAGUACUGUUUCUGUGGUAUGGUAUUCUCUAAAUAAUCAUAUUUAAUUUUUUAAUGAGGUUACAGUUCCUAAUUGUUCCGUUCCUGUGUUUUUUGCUGGUGUGUAAUAAAGGCAAGUUUUUUCUUUUCAUGGUUAUUUAAUACAUUAGCAGCCUGUAAAUAUUUCUUGUUUAAAAUGCUCUGGAAUGUGUUGUAGAAGUUGUAUUAGAUCAGUUAAAAGCAUUGUUUAAGAACCACUUUGUUUUGGUUAUUUCUAUUAAAUUAGAAAAAUGAAAAAGUUUUCAAA